AUCCACUCGAUCUUCGCAUGCACAUGCCGCCUCUGACUUGCCUUUGUGACCAGCAGCAUGCAGCGUCGGUGAGCCAAGAGUCUCAUCAGCUGCCCAAAUGCUUCUAUGCCAGUCAUUCACGACUCCCAAAUUGAAGAUUCAUGUCCUCGCACACCGUUGGCUUCCGGCGACUUUUGGCGCAGCGCCGCACUUCCACGAUGCCCCGCUUCGCCAUUGAUCCGAAGAGAUCAGGACCAUUCCGACUGCUUGUUGAAGGAUUACUCGUUGGGCGAGAUAGGCAUCUCGAGCACCCAAGAACACGACAUAGCAGCACUUCUCCACGAUCAAAAGCAAGUUCGACUAAGCUGGAUUGAAAAGCACGCUUUCGUCUUGCGAAAGAUAAGCCCUGCAUCGCUCGCUGAAACUUGGUGGGGAGGAUGGCCUUUGGCGAGUACAUGCGCGACAAGGGGCAUUCAUAGCAACAUAUCAAAGUCACGCUCACCCAACGACAGCGUAGUCUUGAGCAAUCACAAGUGCUCAAAAGACCACAGACCACCGCACGCUUCAAUUAGCCGAUGUCGGCGUGCGCUGAUAACGAUCGUCAUCGUUGCUCACAGCUGCAUGGGUGCACGUAUCACGGCAUGCAAAUCACCAGCAAGGCAGUGUCCGCAGUGCAGCGGAAGCAGUCAAAGCUCCGAUAGCGCACUUGGCAAAGACGUUCACUUUACUAGGCAGGACUGCAGUAGAAUUUGAGGUCUUACGAGAGCGAAAGCGCUCUAGCAUCCCACUGGCCUCUGUUGGGCGAUAACCUGAUAAGUCACGACGUCAUUUUUCACUCUCUACUCACCGGCGUGUGAAUAAGCAAAUAGGUGCAUGAUCGAGGUUCCCCUUGGUACACCUGUCUGUCUGUCGACCACCAACGCUCUUACAUCGC